AUGCCCCCUAAGCGCAAAGCGACUGGCGAUGGGGAUCAAGGUUCCAAAAAGCCGAGAAAGAAGGCUACUACAGGCAAAGUGCAACCAGCGUCUGGUAGGGACGAGGUCCGUUGGGGCUUGCCCGGGACUGCGACUGCUAGAGACAACGCGCCGGACACGAGCAACGCUAUAACACGAUUUGCGCCCAUUCUCUACAAUCGCAACUGGGAUCAACUUACAACAGGAGAAUCAUCCUUUGGAUUCCCGCGCGUACGCACGCCGCUAUACAAAGCGGCCACGGCGAAACCAUACGUUCCACCUGGAAGCAACGAGAGUCAGACUAGUCAGGCGGUGCUUGACUUCUUCGAAGUGAUCAAGGCAGAUUUGCCGCCAAGGAGAGGGGCGUCAACCCGUGUUGCAGGACCAUAUGUUAACAACGCUUUCGAGCAAGCAUUCAGGAAUUACAAUGAUGACCUUGCCGUUGUCGCAUCUAGGUCUGAUGAUCAUCCUGUGCUGGCUCUAACACAAGAUUACCGACUACAAGUUACCAUACGCGAUGCAGACCAUGAUGUAUCUGCUCACUUGAACUUUCUUCGAAGGUCACCGCCCCCACUCCCACCUGUAGAGGCGGAUGCAGAUGCAGAUGCAGGUGCAGAACGAGAGUCAUCGACGCUACACCACGGAUACUUUAUUGAACUUCCACCUGGGACAAACGUCACCGUGAACGGACAUACCUAUGUCAACGACCGCCCGCCCGAAGAUGAUGCCAACGGGGAGAGUAGUGAAGCUGCCUCCACCCAACCGUUCAUCAUCGGUCCCUUCACUAGAUACACGGUCAUCGAACUCUUAUCUCAACCGCUAUUCUUUUUCCGCCGCAUCGAAGAUUUGGACUUUAAAGCACCAAUUGCUUCUGGUGCUAAGGUUAGGCCGUCAGCGGAAGAGCUAGAGAAUCGAGAUACCAAUGGUGACGUAGCUUUGGAGAAUACGACUGUUACUUGGAUACCCAUUGGAAUUCCACCACCUGAGGUACGGAGAUCUCCAAGGAUUCCAAGGGCUCCAGCGUCUCCAGAGCUUCCACAGCCUCCAAAGGCCCCGAAGGCCCCGAAGGCCCCGAAGGCCCCGAAGGCUCCGAAGGCUCCAAAGGCUCCAAAGAAGUCGGGGAAAAGCACUCAAGCUGGUGUCACCAUUCCAGUACAGUCUGGUCCCCAGGCUCCGAAUCAAGAAAGUCAACUGGCGCCGGAGAAAAUUACUCAAGAUAGGGCCACCAAACCGGCGCAGUCUGGGUCUGAAGCUCCAAUUGAAGGUCAACAGGUGCCAGAGGAGAACACUGAAUCUGGUGUCACUAUAUCAGUGCGGGUCGGUACUCAAGCUCCAAGUCCAGGCAUUCAAGCGGCACCGGUAAAAAGCGCAGUGUAUGAUGAUACAUGGAUGGAUCAAGGGAGGUCUAUCGAGGACGCCUGUGAUUAUGUCCGACGUCAUUUAUUGGAGCCACAGCACCGCCAAUAUGGAGAUCUCAUUUCUAGAGUAAUUGCCUCUAUUGAUGAUCGACAACCAGAAAGCACUGGAUUCAGUUUUCAUCAUGACAACAGCAUAUACAGACCUGGGAGGACACUGCUUGCUUCUCUACAACACCAUGAUCACCAUGUCUUGCUUGUUGUCCAAGUCCAAGCAGAUAGUCGUAUAACUCUUCGUAUUCUGGACCCUAUGACAUGGCGGUCUAGAAGAACUGACCGGGACCGAUUCAUUCGACGUGCGCGCCAAUUAUUAGUUCAAGGACGGUGGUGGCGGAACAUCUACAACACACAACAGGAAAUGGAAGCCCAUUUGCAUGAACCUAUUGAUUGGGUUCCUUGUGCUCAACAUAACUUACGGGGGCAGAGUGUGAUAUACACAAUCUUAAACGGAUGGGCUAUCGCCUUGGGCCUCGAGCCUGACUCGGCGUUUAGACCAAAUGAUCAUGGGUUCACAAGCUUUUUUACCCGUGCCCAGCGACUUUUCGACUUGGCCCUUCAAGAUCGCUUGGAUUGGAAGCUGCUACUUGCUUUCUUCAGGUGUACUAGAUUCGUUAAGCCGGGAAGGUAUGGGCCCAAUGACGGCAGAGGCAACAGGGAAAACGAUAUUGAUGAAGGCUUCCCGCCUCAGGACCGCCUGUUCGACCAGCGUGUACGUCCUUUCCAACUAUCACUUGAGCGACAGAAAAAUCAAGACAGCACCCCGCAGGCUGCCUCAGGCGAGGAAGAUAUUGGGCGUGGCACUUCUACCAUAGAAGUAGUCCUUGAUGGGGGCAUCAGUCAUUCAAAGAUAUUUGCAUCGGAUGAUUUGGACGAUGAGGAGCUCGAAAGCCUCGAGGCCCUUAUCAGUAGUGGCUCCUGGAACUUUACCGACACAUCGGAGCAACUCAGAGGGCGUCUCAGUUUGCGACAACACGAUGCUUCGUCGCAACCAUCAUCUUCCCUAGAUCACACAACUCGACCGAAUGGUCUUUCCAACUCUACAAACCACACUACUCCGGUCCUCUCGGAUGCAAGGACUACGACGCCAGGACCUAAGACACCACCGCCGCCUAAAACGUCACCGAAAGCAAGGGCAACUAAUACGAUUGAACUUCCCAAGGAUUUCGAUCCUUGUGCGUAUUUCCAUGACACCAUCGCCAAGCUUUCAAAGACUGUGUCUGGGGAUCAAGGACAACAGCUUAGACUCGACCAGACCCAAGUCUUCGAGAGCAUUGCGACAGUGUUACGCGCCAUAAAUGAGUUGCAGCCUCGUGGCGAUGGCUUUGGUAUUUCUGCGGUCUCAAGGAUAGCCAAUGCAGGUAAUGACCGUUAUGUUGGGCGUGGAGAGCGCAUUACAUUGAUGCCAGUUCGACAUGCAAACCAUACCAUCCUGGUUAUCCUCCAGCCUGAGCGUACGGCAGAUGGCGAUCGCGUGCUCGUCGAUGCUGUAGAUUCUGCCCCAUGGGCUUUGAAUCGAGAAGAGCGCGCCGGAAUCUAUUCGUCAGUAUUGAGUAGCUGGGAGACAGAUUUCACGCUUGCCGAGGUCAUGAGAUGGCACUUGGGACCACAACAGUUCGAAUCUUUGCAAGCAGAAUACUUUGUAAUUCUGACUGCGUGGAGUAUACUUCUCGGUCUGCCCCUGAACAAUAGCUUUAAGCCCAGGGCAGCGUUCAGUUCCGAGGUUAAUCAACUCGUCCAGGUCGUCCUACAGGGCGAUGCGGACUGGAAGCUCAUCUGGUCAUUUUUGCGCUGCAUUGGCUAUGUCAGCUCGGAAGCGCCGCCUGUUCAAACGCGUAGGUUCUCAAAAACCGUCCACUCUUCAAAUGACAAGACGCACCUGGAAAAGAUGGCGAAGAGGUCGAUUACCUCUUCCGGAACAGACAAUAGCAUCAACUCAACCAAGCACCUUUUCCCCGACCUAGGUGUGCCGCAUGAUGUGCCCUUUCAAUGGGAUGACCUGGAACCAGAUGAUAGAAAGAUCCGUAUUCCCGCAUUGAGGCGCUCAGGAAGGUUCGAAAAUGAUCUGACUAGACGCGAGAUCCGAAACCUAUACCACAACCUACCACGGAACUUCAAUGCGUGCGAUGACUUCCGUCGAAGACUUGAUGAGCUAUUACAAACCGACAAAAUUGCCGCAGAUCUACGCGACUUCCGGGAAACAGAAAAUCCGACUCAAGGCUAUGGUUCUUGGUUGGAUGACACGGAGGUUUCACUAGCUAUCGCAUCUGUGACGCUGGCUAUUACCCAAUCUCAGGGGGAUAUUAACCUGGGAUUCGCAUUCAUUGAUCAAGUAUCUGUUCAGGGAUGUGCUGGCAAUGCCGACUACACGGCCCUUGCAAGUAUACGACCAGGCCGGCCGUUGAUCGUGCCGCUUCACCAUGCCAAUCAUUUUGCACUGCUUGUGAUCCAACUCAACGAAAAAGCGGAACCUACCUUCUCCGUCCUAGAUUCCAAAGCUUAUAAUUUCAAUACAACACAUCGCCAAACAAUACAUCGCUGGGCUUGGAGACUUCUCAGGCUCUGCCGCUGGUGGGAGCACGUUUAUGCCGAGGCUGACUUGGAAAGCCACGCACCAACUCAUACAAGCUGGAUUCCCGUGUCUCAACAGCGCAGUGACUGGGAAUGUGGAUAUUAUACCAUUCUGAACGCAUGGACUCUAGCUCUAGGGCUUCGACCCAAUCCUAACGCUCGUCUGGACUGGAACGAUCAGUUCUUCCAGGAAGUGCAAGAUGUUGUACAUCUUGCUCGCAUUAAACAUGCAGACUGGAGGCUGAUCUAUGCAUUCCUCAGAUGCCGGGGAUUCGUUCUCGAAGACCAUGUCCCACUUGACCGCCAAUUCACUGAGACGAUGGAGCUGAGGAAUGAACGUGAAGACUAUCUCGGAAACAUUGUUGAAAACAUACGGGAGCUAGAACUGGUUCAUUUCUUCGAACACCCUGAUCUAAAUUUGCAGCAGUUGGUAAACACGAACAGAUGUUCAUUGUCCCUAGGAAGGAGGCACAAUGACCGAAAUUCUUUCCCUUCAGAUGGAUGGAAUGCGAAUGAUCGCAUUAUCUGUGCCAGAGAACUUGCUUGGCACGGAAGGCUCAAUUUACGCCACAACUCAAUUCAGCUUAGAAAUGCGCACGGCGCCCUGGGCAGUAUCAGAGGUGCGGAGCUGAAAAAUCAACUCGCAGCCGCCAAUCCAAACUUCAAACAACAGACUCGUACUCAACUUAUAGCGACAUGCAGAAGAUAUCUUGAGGAAUGGCGCACUGGAAGAGACUUACUUCUGAUAUCAAAUCCGGCUCAGGUGUCCGACGAAACUAUUAAACUCUACACCAACCUCUUCGCCCCUGAUUUCCUUGGGACCACACUUGCGGUCGAGCCCUUCCAUGUACGAGCAUGGAGACGUCCGCUCGAGGCAUCCGAAAUUAACCUUGCUAUCGCUGCAGUCGUAGAAGCAAUCGAUGACUUACAGAGCCAAAUCCACCACCGGCGUAAUCCUAACACUAUAUUUGCAGGCGGUUUCUCCCUUGCCACUAGCACCGAUCUCCAGAUUGCAAUGACCAUUGCUGGAGGUACCGGGGUGGCUUCACGUCCCAGACGCUGUUGGCUCCUGCCCUUAAGCGUCAUGCAAGGGGGUUUACUUGAACGAGUCGAAACCUGGCGAGGUAAAAAAGGACUACCGGCUAGGAGGGGAGGAAGGGCGGCUGGUCAUCAUCUCCUCGCGGUCGUGCAAGAAGAGACGACUGUUGUUCCACCGCAAUUUGCAGUAAUUUUAUGCGACAGUAGCUGUCACAUAUUCGAAGAUUCCUACGAGCGUUUGGCGCGUGCAGUCACAAGCGCUAUGGAGCGCCUCCAGUGGUCAGUACAUCGUAAUAGAGACGGGCAUGUGAAUACGACUACGCUCGAAUCUAUUCAGGUUACGCAGCAGCAGGCAGGAGGUUGGCAAUGUGGAGCUCAUGUCGUGAUAAACGCGUGGAUUCUCGCAAUGGGACUAAGGCCUGCGUUAAUUCGUCACUUCAGCGACGAAAUUUACGAGGAGUUCUACACCCUCGCACGAGCCGCCUGCGUUGGGCUCCUAGACUGGAGGACGCUGGUGGCCUGGCUUCAAGGCCGACACCUCGUCGCCAACGAAAGUAUCGAGAACGUUUUGGCCGAUCGGAAGUUUCCCACUACGAAGUUAUGGCAGAACGAAAACGCUCUGCGCGAGAGGAUCGAAGCGAUUCGUGAUGAAGAUGUUGUGCUCGAAACAGUUCCGGAAACAACCGUGGGGUACAAUUAUUCCAACAACCUCCAACUUGAAGACAGUGAAGAUGAGGAGGAGGAGGAGGAGGAGGAGGAGGAGGAGGAGGAGGAAGAUGUAGAUGAAGAAGAAGACGAGGGCAUGGGCUACUUUGAAGAUAGCGACGAGGACGAGGAUGAAGACGUCUAUAAUAGUGACAUCGCUUACUUGAUGGGUGACCCUCCGCCCUUGAAUAGGAGUUACGACGAGCCAGAUAUCGACUUCCUCGGCAGUCAUGCCAGCCGAUACCGCCCAAAACCAAGGAAAAGGGAAGCGGACGCCCUUCAUUUCCUGGCUGGCUACGAAGUCCACGCCGAGGCCGACGGAGACGUUCAGAUGCGUGACGCGCUUCAACCACGUGGACCUGACAGACUUUCCUUUUUAGACGCGUUUUGAUACGGCUUUUUGUGUUGAUUUUCUCAUUGUCAGGUCUUUUAGAUGUACCUUUUCGCGCUGGUCAGAAGUCUUGUAUUUGGACGUGUAAUCGCAC